UGAUUUCACACAAAUUACCGAUCUGCCCCUACCAGUUCCUUCAACCAGAGGAGGUUCUAGCAUUUUCCACACACGGCAGUGUGUUCCUUUUCAUUCACAUAUAAAACCACUUCUCUCCUAUUUCCAUUUUAUAGAAAAGAAGGGAAGAAAAUGGCAGACGAAUUGGCGUUAGAUUUGGAGGAGCUAAGGCAGCUACAGAACUUAGCCAAGAGGCCAAGAGUCCUCUCGCUCAUCUCCUCUGAGAUACGCAACUUGGAGAAGUUGUCAAAGGAGCCUACUUCUGUGUCUGUUCAAACUCCAACUCCAAUAGCAACUGGAGUCAAGGUGCCUUCAACCCCUGCUCUGAAUUAUGUUCCGCUUGGAUCUUUCAGCUGGGAUCAGGACAAUGACAAAGUGAAGAUAUAUGUCUCUCUAGAAGGUGUCAAGCAAGAAAAUGUUGAGACAGACUUCAAGCCAAUGUCAUUUGAUGUCAAAUUCCACGAUGUACAAGGAAAGAACUACCGAUGUGCCAUACCAAAAUUGAACAAGGAGAUUGAUCCAGAGAAAUGUAAAGUAUUAGUUAAGCCUAACAGGGUUGUUAUCACUUUGUUUAAAGCUUCAAAGGGGAACUGGUUAGACUUGCACUUCAAAGAGGACAAGCUGAAGCCAAAUAUGGACAAGGAGCGAGAUCCCAUGGCUGGAAUUAUGGACUUAAUGAAGAACAUGUACGAGGAAGGGGAUGAUGAAAUGAAACGAACUAUUGCAAAAGCGUGGACCGAUGCGAGAUCAGGCAAAGCAGCUGACCCGUUGCAGGGUUAUCGUUAAACCAAACUGGAGGUUAUCCUAAACUUUUGAUAUCAUUUUGCUAGAUGUUAAUGCCCCCAUGAUUUUUGUAUUACAUUGAGUAUGAUUUCAUAACAUGUUUGAAACUCGUGUUAGCAUAAGAUUGUGUGCUCCAUGUUCCCUAGAAUGUUAUGGAUUUUAGGUUAUCUUCCGACUUUCAUAUCUCUAAUCCAUGGAUCAUGGUUCUGCAUA